AAUAUAGAUACGGCGUGAGCUUAGCUAUAGUACCCCCCCAGCUGCUCAGCACAGGCCACUGAGAUCCUCAGGGGUGAAAACCUCUUUAAGCAGUGUUAACCUGGAAUGUUUGUUAACCAGGGGGAAUUCCUUGAGAGUUUUUGCUUAUUUGGAGAGAGUCUUUGAUUAUUUCUCCUUUUCUAGUAACAGAGAAAAAUACAGGGGGGAAAAAAUCAUGUCAGAACACAGCAGGAAUUCAGACGAAGAAGAACUCUUUGAUGAGGAGAUUGAUGAAGAUGAAAUCUUGGCCAACCUGUCCCCCGAAGAGCUGAGAAAACUGCAGUCAGAAAUGGAAGUCAUGGCCCCUGACCCCAGGCUUCCCGUUGGAAUGAUUCAGAAGGAUCAGACCGACAAGCCACCCACAGGAAAUUUUGACCAUAAGUCUCUAAUGGAUUAUAUGUAUUGGCAAAAGGCAUCCAGACGCAUGCUGGAGGAUGAACGUGUCCCUGUCACCUUUGUGCCGUCCCAGGUGGACACUCAAGAGCAGCACGAAGAAGUAGGCAAAGGUAAUAAAAAUGUGUCCCAGUAUUUAAAAGAAAAGCUCAACAACGAAAUUGCUGCAAAUAAAAGAGAAUCAAAAGGCAGCAGCGAUGUCCCAGAAACCGAUGACGCUGGUGGUGAAGAAGAUGAAGGAGAUGACGGGGAUGAGGAUGACGAGGAUGAAGAUGACGAGGAUGAAGACGAGGAAGGAGAUGAUGACAGUGAAGAGAGUGUGGAAAAGCCACAAAGAGGCGAGGAAGGUGGGGUAGAGCAGCAGAUCAGGAACGGGGAGAGCAGCUGUGCACAAGUAGCUAAGAAGGCAUUUGGAGAACAGAAAGACGGACCAGAGGUCCAAGAAAAAAGUGAGAAGAAAAUAUCAAAAUUAGAUCCCAAGAAGUUAGCGCUAGAUACCAGUUUUCUAAAGGUAAGUGCGAGGCCUUCGGGAAACCAAACAGACCUGGAUGGGAGCUUGAGGCGCGUUAGACAGAAUGACCCUGACAUGAAGGAGCUCAACCUGAACAACAUUGAAAACAUCCCCAAGGAGAUGUUGCUGGACUUCGUCAACGCAAUGAAGAAAAACAAACACAUCAAAACCUUCAGCUUAGCCAACGUGGGCGCGGAUGAGAACGUCGCGUUUGCCUUGGCGAACAUGCUGCGGGAAAAUAGGAGCAUUACCACUCUCAACAUCGAGUCCAACUUCAUCACGGGGAAAGGAAUCGUGGCCAUCAUGAGGUGCCUCCAGUUCAACGAGACGCUCACCGAACUUCGGUUCCACAAUCAAAGGCACAUGCUGGGCCACCAUGCCGAAAUGGAAAUCUCCCGGCUGUUGAAGGCCAACACCACUCUCCUGAAGGUGGGCUACCAUUUUGAGCUCCCGGGUCCCAGAAUGGUGGUGACCAACCUGCUCACCAGGAAUCAGGACAAGCAGCGGCAGAAAAGACAAGAGGAACAAAAACAGCAGCAGCUCAAAGAGCAGAGGAAGUUGAUAGCCAUGUUGGAGAAUGGGUUGGGGCUGCCACCUGGAAUGUGGGAGAGGCUGGGGGGACCCAUGCCCGAUCCCAGGAUGCAGGAGUUCCUCCAGCCUCCUCCACAGCCUCCCAACCUCCAAGCGGCCGCCUUCAAUCGACAGAAUGAAAUGAUGAAGAAGCCGUCACAGCCCCCGAAGUACAGGACGGACCCUGACUCCUUCCGAGUGGUGAAGCUGAAGAGGAUGCAACGCAAGUCUCGGAUGCCCGAGGCCAGAGAGCCGCCCGAGAAGACCAACCUCAAAGAUGUCAUCAGAACGCUCAAACCGGUGCCGAAAAACAGGCCACCCCCGCUGGUGGAAAUCACUCCCAGAGAUCAGCUCUUGAAUGACAUUCGCCACAGCAAUGUCGCCUAUCUUAAGCCCGUGCAACUGCCAAAGGAACUGGCAUAAGUGGGAACAGAAUAAUCUUAGAAGAACAAGGAACUAAGACAAUGAGUCCGGUCAGAGCUUGGAGACUGUCUCAGCAGCAUACUUCUGGAGCCAGGUGGUAGAACUGGGAACAAGGCUGGCAUCUGAUAGGAGUAUUCUGUAAAGGCAGGGGCAAAAUAAGAGGCUGGCAAAGAAGGGGGAGAUAAAAAAAAAUUACUAUUCUGGGACAACAUUUUCUACUUCCAAUCCGUUUGAGUGACUUGGGUGAAAUUUAGCAUUUUAAAAAAAAGAAAAUUUUUUCCCCAUAAACGUUUGUUUUACUAUUGCUUUCUUCUGGUAAAUGACAAUAAAUACUAUAGAUGUGUUAAAUAUUUCUUCCUCCAUCUCCUGCUAUGAUUCAUGGCACAAAUCUGUAUCACUCUGUGGAAAUGUGAAUUGAACUCCAGGCCCGCUGAUGCUCUGAAAUGGAAGACCUGUUCGUUAGCUCUUCUCUGGAGAAGGAGGCGGGAUUUUCAGUUUCCAACCCUGUUAGCUUGCUCUCCUGGCCAUUCCCCUGGCGCAUCGUACUUCAGAAGGGGUACGUAUCUGUGAGGAGUGGAGCAAGGGGGCACAGGACAUGGAGAACACAGUGUUUCCAGGAAAAGUCAUGGGGGAAAACCCCUGUAGGUAUAGAUACAUAUAUACGUGUAGACUUCCUUGUUUCCAUAUAUAAAGGAACAAAGACAGCAUUUUUGUUUUGUUUAAAAAAUAAAAUUUUUUGCAUAAAUAAGAUAGUUAAUCACAAGUUUUUAGUUUUUGCUAAUGAAAUAUAUAUGUUUAGUUUGUGACGCUAAUUUGGUCUUGUAAGUCUCAUCAGAAACCUUCUAAAGGCAACUUGCUAUAGGAUUAAACUUCAGUUUCUUAACAUUAUUCAAGGCCCUCCUUUAUCUGUUCCCAAUUUAGUAAUUGAGUCUGCUUUGCCACAGAUUCUUUAUACUUCUCUUGAUAAGACAUCCUCAUACAUACCCUGUGCCUUGCUCUCCUUGAUCCUUCCAUGGAACACUUUCCAAAACACUUUUCUUCUUCUCUCUGUUACCUUCGUCUCUGUUACCUUCUUCAGGCUUACCAAAGUCCUACCCCAUCUUUACAGGUGGGUUAGGUCCUAAUCCUCCAUAAAAAUCUUCCAAACAACCCCAGUGGUCUUUCCAAGUUCCUGGAGUUCUUAAUUAUCUGGUCUAGUCGCUAGGUGCAUAGAAUCUGAAAUUUUGUAUAGAUGUGGCAUGAACAUUAGAAAUCAGGAAAUCACACAUUGGUGUCUUUUCUGUCUUCUUUACCUGACUGAACAGAUGGCACCUGCUCUCUUUCUACUUUUU